AUGUUAAGAAUGUAAUUUUUUCAAAUAUGUAAAUAAAUCCCACUUACAACUUUUAAAAGACUGCAAUUUAAUUCUAAGUAUUCAUUUUAGAAUAAAGUUCAGUAUUUAGAGCAAAAUGAUGGGUCUUUGCGUGAGUAUUUCUUCUUUAUAGAUCAUAAAGGUUUACUAUAUCUUGAUGAUUAAGAUUCCUACAAUUUCACCAAUUGUCUAAAAGACAAAAGAUUUAUGAAAAACUUUUACAAGAAUCUAAUUAAAAAUAAAACAGGGAGAAAUCUUAAUUACUCACAUGUAAGUGAGUGUUGGGGUGAAUAUAACUAUGUUAGAAGCAGUGUAAAACCUAUUGUUUUCAGUCAUUUAGAUGAAAAUGAUCAAUUACACUAUUCACUUUAUUUGACAGAGAAUUUCAAUCCUUCUGAAGUAAAGAAAGAUGAAUAAGGAUUGCUCUACCACAAAGUAGAUCUAAAUGACAUUGGAUAUGGUAUUUUUUCAACUGAUGUAUCAAUGAUGCUAUCUAAAAAUAUAAAGAUUGACGGAAAUAUUAUGUAACUAGAAUGGAAAGGAAAAGUAUAUGAAAUACAAAAUAUAGAUGAGGAAGAAGCAGCUAAGUUUGAUCAUUAUAAAGAUUGA